AUGAAGAAGCAAAAGCAGCAUGGGAUUGUUUAUGAUCCUAAACAAGUUGUGAUUCCAUCUCUCAAUGUAGCAAGUUGUUGCCACUUGCUGAAGGCAAAGUACAGACCUCAGAAGGCAUACAAGACUGGACUUGUCUGCCCCCAGCCGAUUUCAGCCAUGACCGGGAGCCCAGACCACAGUCCGGUUUUUCAACCCAAGGAGAAUGGCGUUGGCCAGAAUCAUCACCAGGAGGAGAUAGUCCGGAAGUUGGCCAUGCAGCUGAGACGCAUCGGGGAUGGCAUCCACCGCAGGACAGUUCAGGAUCUUCGACAGGAAGACAGAGACGCACUGGCUCGCUUUGUCUUGUUUGUCUUUGGAAGACUUCAGGUGAUGCUGCGCCUCUUCUGGAAUAACCAUUGGCUGUAAAAGGAACGUAAAUGUCAGCUCUGCUUUCCUCCUCCUCGUGAGAGCCUGAGGCCUGCUGGGCUCCACGCCUUCGCUUUUCACAGCCUUCUCCGCGAGUACGUGGAGAACCGCAGACUCCCUGGCCGCUGCCUUUCAGUCGGGGGCAGCGAGCUGUGUGAUGCCUCGAUGCCUUGUGGUGAAGCCCAAGGAGUAACUGGGAGCCCGGGACCGCAGCGCUCCUGCAAGGACGCUCCACGCCCUUGCUUCCAGCAGUGGGGUAGGGCCUCAUCCUCAAACCAGGGCCCACACAGGGCCCAUCUGCCACCCCAUUUCCACACCAUCAGCGCCGCCGCCGCCGCCGGGGCCUUCCCAGCCCUUCUCCGGCUCUGACGCCACGUGUCCUGUCUUUCCUCCUGCUGUUUAUCCUUUCUCCCUCUGUGACCCUCCAUGUCUUCCCUAAGCACCCUGAGCCUUGCCCAGCACCGGCCUGCGGCCUGCCCGUGGGCGGCUUACUCUGCUGUUGACCAAUCAGGUUCCUGAGCACCAGACCUGAGUGAGUUCCGAACUCAUCUCCAGCAGGAACUGGACUCCUAUCCUACCCCUGAGUGGUUCCCCGGGUCUGAUUAGACCCUGUGCUGGUUGAAUUUAUGGGCUCAUUCUCUAUGCCUCUGAACUUCAUCUUUCUCUUUCACUUUUAAAAAAAAUCUGUCUCAUAGCCUCCUAGCCCCUGU